UGCUUGCUCUACAGUAAAUGUUUUACAAACUUUAAAAACCUAUUAUUUGUUUAAACGUGUGUUAUUAAAAACUUAACCACGCCUGCAAGCGAAAAGUAAAGAAAAAAUCCGAAAACAAUUAGCGCGCAUUCCACAUUGUGUGUGAAAAACUGAAUGCGGAAUGUGCAAAGCCGCCCAAGAGUUUACGCGAGACGCGUUGAGGCGGGUGCGAGCUAUAGUUCCCGCCCUCUCAGUUUAACGCCGAGCGCGGCACUGAGCGCACGGUUUUCCGCGCCCAAUGUAACAACGCACGCGUUCGAUAUUCAAAAAUAAAACAUUUUUUAAUUACAGCCAGUAAAUAAUAUUAAAUAAAUCCCGUUCCAUUUCACGUAAUCUGUGAACGUUUCAUUUCAAAGUGAUUUAUUACAAUAGUGCGUGUUAUAGACUGCAAUAAAAACCCCGUGGGAAAGCUGCUGGCUGUCAGCUGUCAAAAACGUCGAGAUGGAGGCGAAAGUAAAGGAAGAAGUGCCGGACAAAGACUACACACAGCCGAACACUACGGAGAGGAGAAAAUCUACAACAGCAGGCAAAGAGCACAGAUCUCCUGAGCUGGAAGAAUCCAGGACAUCACCAACUCCUGGCCCUCCGAGCCCUCAAAAUAAUGGGACCGCUGCGGCCCUAUCCUCGACGGAGUCUCUUUCCCCGCCCCUUCCCGAAGGAUCGCGGUCUGCUCCAGCGCUUCAGCGCUUGCGCCGCUUUCUGUCAGCGCUGCAGCAGUUCGCUACCGACGUAAGCGCAGAUACGGGCGAGAGAGUGCGACAACUUAUAUACAAUCUUGUUGCGGGAACUAUGAACAUCGAAGAGUUCCAAACGGGAGUGCAGGAGUGCACUAACUACCCGCUCCGAGCGUCAGUGCCGGGGUUCUUGCGGGCCUUGCUGCCUCUAGCGCAAAGGGAUUUGCACGCAAGAGCUCGGAGAGCUAAACAAACUGUCCUGCAAUACAUCAGAUCGCACGAACACCUGAUCCUGGAGUCAGGAGGCGACAGCAGCGACAUCUUCGCGCCACAGCAGUCCACAAGCACAGAGACCGGCAUCAAGAGACGGGCUAGUGAUCCGUUCUACGACGCUGCACAAACCAACGGAGCUCAUUCGGAAGACUUCCCUCCUCAGGCUAAGCGUCCUCCCCCCUCCAGCCUGUUCCUGAACCCCUCUCCCUUCCUGUACCCUCUGCCGAGUAAUGCCAACCUGUUUGACUACGGCCACUACCACCCGUACCACGCGGGGCAGGCUGAAGGAAGCUUCGAAAGGAGAGAUGGCGGUAUCACAGUACGCGACGUGUCCUCGAUGAACGCGCCGUUCGAGCCGAGACCAGGUCCUGGACUAAUGAGGAGCGAUGAUGAAUGGCGCAACAUCAACACCAUGCUCAACUGCAUCCUCAGCAUGGUGGAGAAGACCAAGCGAGCCCUCGCGAUACUGCAGCAACGAGGAGUAGAGCCAACAGAAAGCAAUGACAUCAAGCGGGCGGCGAGCGAGAUCAUGGCCACAGCAGUGAGGCAGACUGAGGAGAGGGUCACUGAAGUGAGAAGGAGGGCGGAGGAAGCUGUCAACCAGGUAAAACGCCAAGCGCUGCUAGAACUACAAAGGGCGGUAGGGGCAGCGGAAACCAAGGCCCUGGAACUGGUGGCAGCAGAGAGGGGCAAGAUGGAGCGCAUGGCUGACCGACGGCACAGCCCCCCGCCCGGCAGGGACCUCAGCCCUAAUGCUACUGGACAGCAGAAUUGCUGCUGGAACUGCGGUCGCAAGGCCCAAGAGACUUGUUCUGGGUGUAACGCGGCGCGGUACUGCGGCGCCUUCUGUCAGCACAAGGACUGGGAGAACCAUCAUCAGGUAUGCAGCGGACGAGACCAGAAACCAACCGCGCUCCGAACCUCCCCACCAACCUCCACCCUGGCCAAAACGCUCACCAGGUCGACCACUCCCAUCACAGCAACCAGCAACCCGCCGCCAGACAACCGUCUGUCCCUCACCACGCUCAACUCAGCGGAGCGGUUGCUAACCACUGACCGUCUGCCCAGCACUGACAGGAUUGCCCUGGCUACCCUGUCCACUGCGCAGGGCCUGGCCGGGUUAGGGAAGAAAUGACGCACCAGCAAUGUUAAAUAUCCUAGGAAGGUUAGGAGAUAAAUUGUUGAGGUUUGGGUUUUGGCAAAUUGAUGGUUCUUAUGUCAAUACAAUAUGGUUGAUUGUACCUUCUAAAUUGCGAGUUGCUAUUAGACUGUUUGUAUGCAUCUUGGAAGUUGAAUUGUUUAGUUAAUGUUCAUGUGAAAUAUAUUGUAAAUUUAAAUGUUCUAGUUGGGCACGGGCCUCCUCUACUACUGAGAGGGAUUAGGCCUUAGUCCACCACACUGGCCUAGUGCGGAUUGGUAGACUUCACACACCCUCGAAAUUCCUAUGUACAACUUCUCAGUAUGCAGGCUUUCUCACAAUGUUUUCCUUCACCGUUAAAUCAAGCGAUAAUCCACAAAUAAUACACACAUAAUUUAAAUACAAAAAAAUACUAAUCAUCAAUUGCUAAAACCUCUUCCAAUAAUAAUAAUAGAGAUAAGGAACAACUAUUCUAGUUACCACUUCACAUUGACCGUCAUUAGUACCACGCAUUUUCUAUUUCUAGUCUCAUCAGGAUAAAAUUAUUCUAAUAUUAAAUUAAAAUAAUUGUACAUUUGAAUGAUACAUUUUUGGUCCCAACAUACAGGUUAUAUCUAGUACGGGACCAAAAAUACUUUAGAAUAAUCUAUUUAUCAAUAAUUUUUCAGAUAAUGUUAUUAAAUGAUUUACGUCUUAUUUUAAUUUCUGAAAAGUGUAAGAUUCGAAAUUAGCUGUCAAUAAUAAAGAAUUGAUAUUUAUAAAAAAUGAAUUAAAAUAUGUAUUAAUUUAUAUUCUUCAAUUUUCAUUAAAAAAUGUUUGAUACAAUCUGAUUACGAAAUAAGUGCAAUUAAGCAUUUGUUGUAAUUAUGUAUUAGUAUAAUACUAUCGUUAAAAAUAAUCCAUUUUAAUUUACGAACCCUUGUGCGAAACAGAAAUAUUUCGCAUUCACACUCGUUGCGAAUGUGAAAUAUUUCUGUUUUGGCGAAAUCGAAUAACUUAACUAGCGUGUAUUAAUAAAAACAUUUUUUAAAUAAUUGCGAAUGAGAAAUUCGCACCUGUAUUAUAAUUCUAAUUAUAUUAUGUUCCUAUUAUUUUAUGUGUGUAAAUAAGUUGUAGAUAUUUUUGUUAUUGUUGUGUUUUUUAUUGUUUUAACAAAUAAACAAGAUCCAAAGAAUUAGUUUAAGUAAUAUGUAAUAUUUAUAGUUAUUGUAAUAGGUUUAUUUAUUUUGUAUAUUUGUUAAAUAACAAGAAUUAUAAUAAUCAAUAAUCAUGUUUUAAGCUAAUUGAAACUAAGUAAAUAAUCUGUUUUGAGACCUGUAAAGAGAACCCUUAAUCAAUUUGGACUUCAUACAUGUGUAGAAAAUUAAAUUUGUCUUCGUACUGAAAUUUUUAAUGGAUUUUAAUUCGGAUGCAGUUUUAGCAGUUGUAUUUUUAUAAAGGUACCUUAAUUUCUAAGUGAUAAAGUACUAAAUAAUUUAAAAAAAAGCACACAAUACCUACAGUUAAUAAUUCUGCGUAUAUUAUUUAAAUGAUUUGAUUUUUUAAAGAAUUACAUACUUAAUUCGCGGAAAUUACAUAAAAUACCAAAUACUUAUUUUUCAUUUUUCAUCUAUUUCCCGUAUUUCUAUCAAAAAAGUAUAUGUUAAAAUAACAAUAAGGUCUAUAAUAGUUUCGACUUCGCAUAUAAAAACUUCAUCUUCGCAAAAUCUAAUUUACAUUAAUAAAAUCAUUAUCAAUAAUGUUGUAUAGCAAUAAUUUAUUAAGUAAAUAUUUCCACGAGUAAUAAAGUGCAAUAUUAAUUAGUAAUUGGUGUAUAAAAUUUCGAAUUUAAUAUAAUUUAAGUGUAGAUGUAAUUAAUGUCUGAUUGUAUUUGAAUUUCUGCGUCUUAUUUAAUGAAAUAAAUAUGUUGAAAAUAAUGUUUUGUUUUUGUUAUAUUAACUAUACCGUUGUCGUUAGAAGUCAUUAUUACCUACAAGAUAUGAAG